GCACAACAAUGAAACCAAGUUCGGCUCGACAUCCUGAGACAGACGGGCAGACAGAGCGGGCACAUCAAACCGCUUAAAUGAUGCUUCAUACGCUCAUCCGUCCGGACCAGAAAGAUUGGAUUGACCGCCUCCCCGACAUCGAGUUCGCCUACAACACUUCGGUGCACCCGGCGAUCGGCGUGACUCCAUUGGAGUUGCAUCACGGUGGACGGAAAGGCCGUAUCUUCGCCGAUCUUCUCCUCCCUCGACCAGCCGACAUUGACGCUGCCUGCUCUCCCGCUUCCGUCCGGAAGAACAGGGAAUUGCUGACUCAAGCCUACGCAAAUAUGCAAAAGGUUGAAGUCUGCAUGCAGCAGCAAGCCGACAGGCGUCGCGUACCAUGUCCCAUCCGCGCCGGUGAUCUGGUUUGGGUCUCCGCGGAAGAGUUUGCACUGGAACAGGAUGUUUCACGCAAACUGCUUCCCAAGUGGUUUGGACCUUGGUCUGUGACAGCAGCCGCGGACGAUGAGCCCGAUGACCCUUCAUUUGUGAUCAACAUCCCUGAGCAUCUGACGGUCCAUCCGGUCUUCCACGCCUCGAAGCUGGCAACAUACACGCCAGCCAAGAGCGACGGCUUUCCGGGCCGACGAUCGCAGGACCCUCCUUCUAUGGAUGGUCAUCAGGAAGUUGACCGCGUCAUCACCGAUCGCAAGUACGGCAGCAAGCCGCGGCAGUACAAAGUCACAUUCAAAGCAUGCAAUCACGAUGACACUCGGUGGAUWUCAGGCGCAGAUUUGAAAGCAUCCGGACCGCUGAUCUACGCGCAUUAUGAAAAGCGGAGGUUAGCUCAGGAAGCUUGACGACCAGCCCCUCCCACCCGGACUGUGGUCCCUCCCUUAGACAGACAGCUUCGCCCUCGCAGGUAAGCUC